AUGGCUCGAUUCCCGCACAUUAUUGCUACGUUAUGGCUGCUGGUGCAGCUUGUGGCUGCAAUUUCCAGGCCGGAGUUGCAGCCUCUUCCUCGCUAUCUAUGGGACGGAACGUCAGAGCCACAGCUCUCGGAAAGAGCAGUCAAUCAAGCUGCCGCUGAAGAAGCCAUAAAGCCUGUUGACAAGGAGGAAUUCUUUUGGGCUUCAACUGAUAAACCGGGAUCCAAGGCCGUAGUCGUCAGCAUGGUGUCUUGGUCCAAGGCAACUGAGCGGAUCAUUUCUUUGGAUAAGAUUGACUUUCUAAUUCGGUCAGCGAGCUGCAAUUCCAAGGACAUGUCUUUCAAUUUUAUUCACCCCUUUGUCUAUUCUGCCAUCAAGAUUUAUUGGGACUGGGUUAACUUCAACGAUAUGAAUACUUUCGUUGUAAUCCCUAACUCCAAGAAAUGCGGAAAGGACAGAGAACAACAACCCUGGGUUGCACGCCGUGUUAUAUUUGACGACAAAAACCAAAGGGUUCGUCUGGAAGCUACUAAGAGCACAUGGAAAAAGGUUAUGCAAACCUAUACCUUGGAUUUUGGUGAAGUCAUUCUUGGGUCGAAAGGUCUUGUCAAACGCGAUAUAAUUCCAGAUCUCGACGAGAAAUUCAGGCUCGGUAUUGGAGUGACGCUGCCAACCAGAAUUUUUGGUUGGGAGGUCAACAAAGGGCCCCUUAAAGGUAACCUUACCGCCAACUGCAAUGAUUGCGGUACCCAAGGCGCUUUAGUCUUUGCUGGUCAUGUUGAAGCAAGCCUCGGCUGGGGCGGCUUUGAUAUAGACAAGUUUGAAAUUUCCGUCAAACCUGAGGGAGUUGCAGUAAACGUUGAGCUGGAGUUGCUGUUUGACGCUCAUCUCGAUUUCCGCCGUUUCGUCAAACCUUCUCAGGAAAUAAAUUUGGUUGAAAUUCCUAUCUCAGGAUGGAACAUACCUGGUAUCUUUGAGUUUGGUCCACGAAUUCAACUUAAUGCGGGAUAUGAAAUUAGCUAUAUCUCAGGAACGGCUUCCGCAACAGCUGGAAUUAGUGCCCGUAUUCCAGAUAGCGCUAUCGCAAAAUUAGAUCUUUUAGCUGAGGAUUCUGUGGAGGUUUCUGGAUGGGCUCCGGUGAUUGAAACACAACCUCUUCGAGUACAAGCUCAAGUUGACGCGGAGGCAUCGGUUUACACUGAGGUCGCAUUAUCAGUUAGCGUCACAGUUUUUGAUGACAACGGAUUUGGAGUGGAUCUUGCACUCAAAGUUCCGCAGGUGACAGCCAAAUUGGGCGCAGGUUUCGGUAAUUCCCCCCUUUUCACUGCGAUAGGCCUGAUUUUACUGAUAUGCGUCCAAGAUACCGCUGGUUUCUGCCCCAACGAGGCGAAUAUCUUUGGAAUCAAACUUGAUGUUAUGGUAGGUGUUGAUCUAGAUCUGGAAGGCUGGGAAGAAAUCGAUGGUCAUAGGAAAACUCUCUUCGAUGUGGACAUCUAUGAGAAACCAGAUAUUUUUAUCUUCCCGCAAGUAUGUCUCGGCUUCGAUGAUGUAGCCCCAGGGUAUUGCCUCGGUGGGAAGAAGGAAGAGGACGACGAGGACGAUGACGAUGACCCGGGUCAUUAUGUCCGCGGACGCAGAGCACGGAUUCCCCGGACACUGUCUCCUGCGCUAUCUCCACGUCAAGAUCCAGACACAGGAAGAGCGCCCAUUCCGUUGAAGUGCGAUAAGAAGAAGGCUCUCCAAAUUCUAAAAUAUCCAAGUCCAAUAGAACUAGCAAAGAAUACCGCAGUACCGAUUUUUGUACCAAACAUUCCCUGCGGUGAAGCUUCAGAAGACUGCUGGCCAAAUGCCAAUAUCAGUGUGAUAACUGAACCUCUCGAACAACGGGCCAUCGUGGACCAGACUGGUCUACUUGACCAGGAGAAAUGGGCCUCUGAACAUGUGUAUGAGGCCAACUGGGUCCGGGAUUACUUGGACUUUCUCCAAAAGAAAUUAGCCGGCUCCGCGGACAAGCCUUGUCAUCCUGCUAUUUUGAGAUUUUGGGAUAAGCUGAAUCCAACUUACCCGGCUCCAGGGGGCGCACCCGCGAAAGAAUCAUAUGUGGAAGCAUUGGCGCAACAUUUAGGCACUGUGAACACUGCAUACGAACCUCGCAUGGCCAUUAUUCAGCAGAGAUUGAACAAUCUGAAAUACCUGAUGUUUGCGAAGAAAACCCUUAUCGCAGGCCGCGACGGUGUGGAAGGUCGAAGAAAAGUAAUCAACAGCCACGGCAGAUUUGUAUGUGAGCUAGCGCGCAUUUCCGCAACGUGCAAAUACUACGCGCAUCCAGCUGCCCAAGAGGCUUUGAAAAAAUCCAUCCUAGGGAUUGAAGAAGUGCUGGGAAUUGCGGACAAGGAUGCGAAGAUGAAGGAAUCCGGUACCUCCUUCCAACAGGUCCAUAAGGACUUUUAUGAUGAGUUCCACGAUGCUGCUAUUGAGUGGACUCGGAGCCAACUGCAGGAUUACGCCAAGUUUUUGUUGCAAUACCCUGACGAGGUGGAUGAAUUGCCACCUGGAUUUAAGGAGGAGCUUGAGCGGAUCCGGGACGAUGGGGAAUAUCGAAAGGAACUGUGUCCUCACACUAAACGCACUGGUUGGUGA